AUGCUAAUAAAAAAAGAAUCUAAAACAAAGGAUGAAAAUAACUUUGUGAUAGAGGAUGAUCAUGAAAAUGUAACAAAUAUUUCAUUGGCUGUAUGUAGAAUUUGUUUUUCUGGUGAAACAAGUGGAGCUUUUGGGGAGGGUGAUACAUAUGGAACAAAUUUAAUGAAUUCAUGUGGUUGUACAGGUUCAUGUGGUUAUUAUCAUCGUUAUUGUUUAGAAGAAUGGAUUAAUAAAACAAAAGCUAGAAGUUGUGAAUUAUGCAAAGAAUCAUUUUAUAUGAAAGAAAUAACUCCAUCAUUUACUACAUUUAUAUGUGAUAUGGAUUAUGCCUCAGAAGUUCAAAGUUUUUUAAAUAGCAUAUUUUGUUUGAUUUUAGUAAACAUGUUCAAUUAUGUACUGUGCUUUUGUUUGAUGCCAGGAUUUUUCCACAGUUCCCCUUCUGAUGAAUUUAAAUAUGAAGAUUUUUUAGUUUGGAAAUUAACCUUCGAUACACCAAUUUUUUUCAUAAUUAUUUUAAUUUUAAGUUUACUUUUUUGGUGGAAAACACAAUUCACCUCAUUUUGUAAAACUUUUAAAUAUUAUAAGAAAGCUAAUAUGAAAUUUUCUCUUUGCAAUAGAGAUGAAAAAGAUUUUUUUAAAUAUAUGACUUCUAGUGUUACUGUAGUUUAG